UGGUCCUUUCGGGUUGGUUAUGUCAGCUUGUUGAGUUCAGUCUAAGACACUGCCCCCGUCGAGGGCCAGGCCAGGUGCCGCCAGCCGUGGGAGAUUUUGCCUCCUGGAGGAGAAUGUGGCCUCAAGGGGCCAUCUUUGUGGCCCUGCCCCUCCUAGGGCCCAUCCUGGUCUGGCUCCUCGCCCCUCAUAGGAUGUCUGGUUGGUGUGACAGCCUGAGGAAGCUGCCCUGGUGCCCACCCCACAAAAUCUUGCUGCUUGUGUGGACCGCCAUCUACUCUGUCAUCGGCUAUGCCUCCUACCUGGUGUGGAAGGACCUGGGAGGGGGCUUCGGGCGGCACCUGGCCCUGCCUCUCGGCCUCUAUGCUGUGCAGCUCGCCAUCAGCUGGACCGUCCUGACUCUCUUUUUCGCAGCCCACACCCCUGGUCUGGCCCUGCUGCACCUGCUGCUGCUCUACGGGCUGGUGGUGACCACGGCGCUGAUCUGGCACCCCAUCAACAAGCUGGCCGCCCUGCUCCUGCUGCCCUACCUGGCCUGGCUCACGGUCUCCGCUUCCAUCACCUACCGCCUGUGGAGGGACAGUCUUUGUCCAGAGCACCAGCCUCAGCCCGAGGUGGAGAAGAGCGACUGAGGCACCCGGGCACAGGGAAGGAGGGGAAGGCCAGGGAGAGGUGGAAGAGACUGCAGGCAGGCUGGGGGGUCUGGGGGGAGUGGGAGGUGGCCAGGCAUUGACGAGUCCCUGAAGGUGAUUCACCCCAAUGCGGCCACUGUCCUCACUCCCCUGGUGCCAGUUUUCAUUAGAAUUCAGAGAAAUGGGAAAGAGGAAAGAAACUUAUUUUACACUUAAUAAAAGAUAAUAAAUCCUAUAUUAAUAAGUAUUAAUUUAGUAAUAUCAAUUAAUAAAACCCUGAGACUAACUUUGGGGAUGUGAUAUGAAAGGCAUGUUUGAGUGAAUGAUGUCUAGGGCCACAGAGUGGAAUAGAAAUGUGUGCCUGUAUGUAAGUGUGCACAUGUGAAGGAAUGUAUGAACGUAUGUAUGAGGAGGGUGACAUGCCAUCUCUACUCCAAAUCUGGUCCUCCCAAAUCUGACCCCAAAAUGUAGACUUUGGUUUUUAAUUACCUGAAAAACAAAAUCUUUUUGAAAAGUCAAAUAAAAGCA